UAGUAUGUUUGUAAUGGAGUGUGUUCUGAAGAUUUUAGACAAGAACUUUGUGGUUCUGGGUUUGAUCUUUUUGGUUCUGUUUGAGAUCCUGAGGAUUCAUUUCUCCAGAUGCAAAACUCCACCUGGACCCAGACCUUUCCCUUUUGUGGGAACUAUACCACAUUCUGUAAAAGACCCAAUGGGAUGUAUCAGAUCACUCCAUCAGUAUGGAGAGAUGGCCACCAUGUUCCUAGGAAGACAGCCCAUAAUAACAUUGAAUACACUCCAGAUCACAAAAGAAACCUUUGUGCAGGAGGCUUCAACUUUUUCUGGAAGACCACAUUUACCUGUUAUGGAGUGGAUGACUAAUGGACUCGGUAUCAUAAUGGCUCAGUAUGGUCACUCCUGGAGACAGCAGAGAAGGUUUGCUCUCCACACGAUCAGGAUCUUUGGCUUUGGGAAGAAAUCUGUGGAAGAACGUGUUUUAGAAGAAGGCCGUUACCUGGCUGCUGAGAUGAUCAAAGCAAAAGAAACGGCAUUUGACCCCCAGCAUGUCAUACAGAAUGCAGUUUCCAACAUAAUCUGUUCCAUCGUGUUUGGAGCUCGGUGCGAAUAUGACAACAAACGCUUUGCAUAUUUUUUGAAAAUUCUCAAUGAGAACUUCGUGCUGAUGGGGUCUGCUGUGGGACAGAUUUUCAGCUUAAUUCCCUUCAUCAAGCACUUUCCUGGACCGCACCAGAAGAUCAUUCGCAACACUAAUGAGUUACAGGGUUUCAUUCGUGGAGAAGUUGAAGAACACAGACAUACUUUGGAUCCAGAAGACCCUAGAGACUUCAUCGAUGCCUUCCUCCUGGAGAUAGAAAAUCAAAAGUCUCAUGAGGACUCCACAUUUCAUGAAGAAAACAUGGUUAGGACAGCAGCUGAUCUUUUCUUGGCUGGAACUGACACAACGGCGACCACCAUCAGAUGGGGGCUUAUCUUCUUGAUGGAAAACUCAAAAGUACAAGAGAGAUGUCAUGAGGAGAUUGUUCAGGUGUUGGGUUAUGACCGUCUGCCCAGCAUGGAUGACCGUGACAAACUACCAUACACAUACGCCACUGUUCACGAGAUUCAGCGCUGUGCUAACAUUUUACCUCUUGGUGUAGUUCAUGAAACCACACAGCUGACCAAACUAAGAGGAUACGACAUUCCAAAGGGAACUAUGAUCAUGACAAACUUAACAAGAAUUUUCACUGAUGAUAAGCACUGGAAGAGUCCGGACACUUUCAACCCUGAGAAUUUCUUAGAUGAGAACGGACAUUUCUAUAAACCUGAGGCGUUUAUCCCUUUCUCAGUGGGUCCGAGAGUCUGUCUCGGUGAGACCCUGGCAAAGACGGAGCUCUUCAUUUUCAUCACAUCUCUAUUGCAGCGGAUUCAUUUCUCCUGGCCUCCAAACUCACCGUGUCCAGACAUGGAUGGAAUCAUGGGUAUAUUGAGAUACCCUCACCCCUACAAUAUUACCUGCCAUAGUAGAGAUGCCAAAGACCGAAUGUCAAUGACACACAGCUGAAGAAGAACUUCUGUAAAGAAGAACAACAAAGAAAAGCCUUUCUGUCCAGCCUUUAUAAAAAUACUUUUUCAAUGGUAAUACAUCCGCCGACUGUAUGUUUCGACAUCCUUGAGGAAAGUUUUGUUUGGGGCAUCUGAACCCCUAAAUAAGGCUUGAUUCAUAUGAGGAAUAGGAACAGGGAUAGGGAUAGGCUAAUUUUCUUAAGAAGUGAAACUGAGCAAGAUCAAAAACAGACUUUUACAUGUAUUUUUUUUUAAAGAUUGUGUACACUUCCCACAGCUUCAGUCUUCAAUAAAUAAUAAAGCUUU